AUGUCUUCUUCCAUUAUUCCCACUUCCACCUCCGUCGUUGAGAGCGCCGUUAUCAAGGCCCCUCUCAGCCAUGUCUGGCACUUCAUCAAGCUCCAGAACUUCCAGAGCUUCUGGUCCGCUCUGAAGGGCAGCGAGUUCGUCAAGGCUCAGGAGGAGACUGAUAUUGUCCGAUGGACUUUCCAGGACGGCACCGUUCUUGAGGUCAAGCAGGAGGAGCACAGCACCAUCAACCACUACAUCACCUACAGCGUCAUCACCUCCCAGCCUGAGCUGUCUUACACCAGUGUUGUCAGCACCAUCCGCUGCUACCCCGUCACCUCUGGCGAGAGCGAGAACAGCACCUUUGUCGAGUGGACCGGCAACUUCUCCAGCGACGCCGACGCUGGUGUCAUCCAGGACGCCAAGUUCAAGCGCCGUGAGGCCCUUGCUGACCUGGCCAAGGCUGCUGCCAAGUUGUAA